UGUACCAUGAAUAAUAACAAGUGCACAUUAACCAUGAGAAACAUACCGACUUUCUUUUGGCUUUUGGCCUUUGCCAUUGCACUUUUCUCCGUCUUACUUUCUCUCCUCAACAUCCUUCCUUCCUCUACUUCCAUCACCACUCUUAAUGAUGUUUCUCAACUUUCUUUUCUUGAGAACGUAGUAAAGCAAAGUGGUGACUUCUUUUCUUUACUAACAACGAUGGCGUCUGGAAGCCAUCAUCAUCACCGCCACCACCACCACCACGACCGGAGGAGGCCCAAAAGAAGAUGCGAAGGGGUUAAAUGGAAGUCUAUUCUCAUAUCUCAUUAUAAAGUUUCACUUGUAUUGACAGUUGACUUGAAGGGUUGCGCGAAUUUUAGCAGCGUGCAGAAGGCAGUGGAUGCUGCUCCAGAGUCUAGUCCCUCUAACACCUUGAUCAUAGUUGAUUCUGGAACUUACAGGGAGAAGGUGACAAUUCAUGCUAACAAGUCAAACUUAAUAAUCCAAGGUCAGGACCUUCUCAAUACUGCAAUAGUAUGGAAUGACACAGCGAAUUCCACUGGAGGAACUGUGUACAGUGCUUCUGUCGCCAUCUUUGCUCCUAACUUUACAGCUUACAACAUCAGCUUCAAGAAUGCAGCUCCUGCGCCACUUCCAGGUGACGUUGGAGGGCAGGCAGUGGCUCUUAGGAUAGCCGGGGAUCAGGCAGCAUUUUAUAAUUGUGGGUUUUAUGGGGCUCAAGACACACUCCAUGAUGAUCGAGGCAGGCAUUUUUACAAACACUGUUUCAUUGAAGGUUCCAUUGAUUUCAUCUUUGGAAAUGCUAGAUCACUCUAUCAGGGAUGCGUCCUUCAUUCCAUAGCAAUGGAAGAUACAUCCGGGAUUGUUACAGGAGCCAUCACAGCUCAAGCAAGGCAGUCGCUGACAGAGCAGACAGGGUUUUCCUUUGUGAACUGCAUCAUUCGUGGUACUGGACGAGUCUGGCUUGGACGAGCUUGGGGACCUUAUGCUACUGUUGUCUUCUCCAACAGUUACAUGUCAGAUGCUGUGUCUCCUGAUGGAUGGAAUGACUGGAGAGACCCUUCCAGAGACCAGACAGUGUUUUUCGGGGAAUACGGGUGCCUGGGACCGGGAGCAAACUACACAUACAGAGCUUCAUAUGGGAAACAGCUGAUGGACUAUGAAGCAGCCCCUUUCAUGAACAUUUCAUUCAUUGAUGGGGAUCAAUGGCUUCAAGAAGAGUACAUCUCAACCAAAAUGUCUAUUUUGUACAAUAGGGACGAUGAUUUCAUUCAUAUUUACUGAUAUUUGUAACAUUUUGAUCUUCUGCUUAUUCAUACUAGAUACAGAGGUAGCCUAUAGACAUCUCUGACAAUUAUUCGGAAGAACAACAGAAAACAAGAACAGAAAUAUUAUGAAGUUUGAACAUCUUUUACUUCAUUCUUAUUGUGGAGUUCUUCCCUUUUACUUAUGAAAUUCCAAGACAGUAAAGAACUCAUCAACAUGGAGAAGGAAUGCGCGAAAAUGAGUGAAACCUGCAGAGAGACCAAGCUGCUUGAACUCUUCCUCGGUCCUAUGCUUUCCCUUGGCUCUGUAAAUGGUCAUGACAAGAAUAUCUUCUUCCAGAAGCGCACGUGUUCUAUGGCUAUCAUCUGAUUCCUUGGGCAACACUGGCUCAUAUGCGAUCAGCUUUCCUCCAGUAGGCAGUGCCUUCCAGCAAUUCUCCAAUAUCAGCUUACACUCAUCAUCUGUCCAUGUAGCCAAUAUCCACUGCCAAAAUAACACAAAUUCACUCCAUAAGCCCAUUAAAUUAGGCAUCAUUCAACUUCAUAUCAUUCUCCCUGUGAAAAUCUGUUUCGUCAAAAAGUUUAAACUACUGACCAAGGCUUAAAGAAAACAUCAAUCCCUACUUCACGCUGUCAUGACAACCCAGUUGGGUUAGAAGAAAGCAUGACAAGUAUGCUUAUACCAUAUUGCUAGAAAUUUGCACUACCCAAUAUUAAUGGAGGAUGGAGAAUGGGGCUAUCAUGCUUCAAGUUAGGAACUGUUUUCAUCGAAAGGAUUAAAACUAUAUAUCGAUGGAAACAAUAAGAUUAAACCUAUAUU